AUGGGCCAAACUCUCUCGGAGCCCGUCGUCGAAAAGACUUCCGACAAGGGCGAGGAUGACAGGCUUGUCUACGGUUUGUCCGCCAUGCAGGGCUGGCGUAUCAGCAUGGAGGACGCCCACACAGCUGUGCUCGACCUCGGCAAUCCCUCCGCCGGCGACUCCAAGGCGAUCCCUGCCAAGCUGGCAUUUUUCGGCGUUUUCGACGGCCACGGAGGAGAAAAGGUCGCGCUUUUUGCGGGCGAGAAUAUACAUAGCAUCAUCAUGAAGCAGGAUAGCUUCAAGGCUGGCGACUACGCUCAGGGGCUCAGGGACGGCUUCCUCGCGACAGACAGAGCCAUCCUCAACGACCCCAAGUACGAGGACGAGGUUUCGGGUUGCACCGCCUGUGUCAGUUUGAUUGCCGACAACAAGCUCUACGUUGCCAACGCGGGUGACUCGAGAGGUGUGCUGGGCAUCAAGGGACGCGCGAAGCCGCUCUCGCAGGAUCACAAACCUCAACUCGAAACUGAGAGAAACCGCAUCACGGCGGCCGGUGGGUUUGUCGACUUCGGUCGAGUCAAUGGCAACCUGGCCCUGUCACGCGCCAUCGGCGACUUCGAGUUCAAAAAGAGCGCCGAACUGUCCCCCGAAAAUCAAAUCGUCACUGCCUUCCCUGACGUGGCGGUCCAUGACCUUACGGAUGAAGACGAGUUCCUGGUUUUGGCCUGCGACGGCAUCUGGGACUGCCAGUCCUCUCAAGCCGUCGUUGAGUUUGUUCGACGAGGCAUCGCCGCCAAGCAGGACCUCGACAAGAUCUGCGAGAACAUGAUGGACAACUGCCUUGCAUCAAACUCUGAGACGGGUGGCGUCGGCUGCGACAACAUGACCAUGGUCAUCGUGGGCCUCCUCAACGGAAAGACAAAGGACGAGUGGUACGAGGAGAUCGCGAGGAGAGUCGCCAACGGAGACGGCCCCUGCGCCCCCCCGGAAUACGCCGAGUUUCGUGGUCCCGGGGUUCAUCACAACUACGAGGAUAGCGACAGUGGUUAUGAUAUGGAUGCGGAGACCAAGGGCAGGAACUUCGGCGUUGAUGAAACCGAAAUGUUCGACAAUGCCGACGAGGACAAAGACCUCGAGAGCCAAGUGUCCAAGACCUCCUCGACCGACAAGGACGGCUCUUCGGCCCCCAAGUCCCAAACGACCGCCGAGGCCGCCAGUGGCACCGAAUCGAAAGCGGAGGCGAAUGCCGCCCAGCCCAAAGCGGGCGAGGGGCCACAGUCAGCGUCCUCGACGACCGCGCACGACGGGGUUAAGCACGACCAGUCGAAAUCCUCCAAAGAGAACGAGGAUUAG